ACGAACGCAACCAUAUCGCCGCAUCACGUCCUCUGACCAUAACAAACCCCGCGUCACGCCCUUCCACGCCCUCCGGUCACUGCUGCAUCCACCCCGCGCUGCCCCGGAACGCGUCCUGGAGCUUUCAGCAGCCCCAAGGACGCGCUCCCCGCUUGCCAUCGAGACACAACUCCAGGAGCGCACAGCUUCUACGCACCUGACAUUUUUGAGCAUCUGCCAGCCCUUAAUGGCUACUUUUCUGCCGCCUGGCAUCGACUCAACCAAUAUUGUAGGCUUCGGAACCACCGGGCUUGUCGCCGUUUUCCCUGGUACUCAAAAAGUCAUCAAGUUUCCACACCCUGAGCCUGAUGCUCGCGCCCGAUGUGAGGUCGAAGUCGAGGUGUACGAACGACUCGAACGGUCGCGUAAGAAGGAGUCAUGCUCAACAAUAUUACGGUACCACGGCAAUUCUAAGUAUGGAAUAACUUUAGAAUACGCUGAGAUUGGGAGUUUGAGGGAGCACCUGCGCACCGCAGGUACACCAAGCACGGAAUUCCUUCUGCGUUGGGCUCGACAAGCCGCGGAAGCUUUGGUAUUCUGCUAUGCGAGUGCUGUUCUUCAUGGGGACAUUAACUGCAGCAAUUUCUUCCUUGACGGGGACCAGAAUCUUAAGCUGGGAGAUUUUGCUGGAUCAUCAAUUGAUAACUCCCCUGCAACUAUCUGCUACAGCACGACUCAUCAGCUUCCUACCUUGGAUUCCUCAUCUAAAUCAGAAGACGUUAUUAUUACAAAGGAGACAUAGAUAUUCGCCUUCGGCUCCACCCUAUACGAAAUGGUGACAGGUCACCCACUAUAUGACGAUAAGACUGAUGCUGAAGUGGAGCGCUUGUUUAGUUCAGGAGAGUACC